AUGCCCGUCCUAUCGAACGCCGUUGCUGCGGAGCCACCCCCAGUGUCCCACAACAUCCGAGCACAGAUCCUGUCAGAAAUUCAGGACGCUGGCUCCAGAGGCAGACCAAUUCCCAACUCCAGUACCUCACUAUUCAGAACUAAUAUUCCCGUAACCCACCCUCUAAAACAACUCCUCGACACAUCACUGGACACCAUCCUCCAAGCAGUUUCUCCCAGGACCCUCCAAUCUUAUGUGACAGCUUGGAGUUGUUUUAAAGCAUUCCACUUCUCAUACAACUUGCCAUUCCCUGAUUUUUCUCUCCUUUCAAUCACCUCAUUCAUCCCCUACCUUAACAGCAUUAAGGGCCUUCAAGUGGGAUCCAUCAAAGGUUACCUGAGCGGCAUCCAGUUUUUCCACAAAUUGAUGUAUGGCGCUCCCUCUCCAGAGAUAAAUAAUUCUCAAACCUCCCUUUUGGUCAAAGGAAUUCAACGAUCCCAUCCCACCCAUCCUGACACCAGACAACCCAUAACACUAGAUAUUCUCACAAAAUGUAUUCAUGCCCUCCGCACAGUCUACCAGCCUCUCGAGACAGCCCGCACACUCGAUGCUAUGUUUAUUCUAGCCUUUUUUGGCUUUCUUAGAUGCUCGGAACUCGCCAUCACUUCCAAAUUCGACCCAAGAGUCCACCCCACCAUCUCAGACUUAGCAGUACUGGAUAGCGAAACCAUCUCAUACUUGAUUAAGCAAAGCAAGACAGACCAAUCCAAAAAAGGCCAUUUCAUCUACAUCUUCAAACUCUCAUCGCCAAUCCAACCAUACCAAUCCAUUCAGGCAUAUCUUCAGUGGAGAAGCUCCCAGGCUAAAUCCCCUCUUGAUCCCCUAUUUAUAGAUGACUCCAACAAACCCGUGACACGCUUUUGGUUCCAGAAACAUCUCAAAUCCGUUCUCCAACAGUCAGGCAUCCAAUCCAACCAGGUUGUCCACCUGGGGGUUCUUCCUUCAUCCAGUGAUCUAGUUCCCAGCAGACGAAGCAAAAACUCUCCCUGUAACGAUUUCCCAGUGGACCACAAAAAAUCUCCAGUCCGGGCUUCCAAAACACUCCACCGUCAGCCGGUAGGGCCCAUCAGCCCGACGCCGUGA